UGCUGCUCUCAGGACACUGAGUAAAACUGUUUCUCAUUUUCCUGGACAGAGCUGGGGUGGAUGGAGGAUGUACCCUAUCUUGAUAGGCCUCCGUCCCCACUGGAGUUUUAUCGAGAAUGGGUGAGUCCGAAUAAACCUUGUAUAAUUCAGAAUGCCAUCAGCCACUGGCCGGCUCUGAAGAAAUGGACCUCAGCGUACCUCAGGGAGGUAAUAGGCCCCAAGGUAGUGAGCGUGGCAGUAACACCAAAUGGUUAUGCAGAUGCAGUGUUUCAGGACCGUUUUGUCAUGCCAGAGGAGCGCCAAAUGCCUUUCAUGGACUUUUUGGACAUUGUGGAGAAGAAAGUGACCUCUCCCAACAUAUUCUAUGUGCAGAAGCAGUGUUCAAACCUCAUUGAGGAGUUCCCUGAACUUGUCUGUGAUGUGCAGCCUGACAUACCAUGGAUGAGCGAGGCACUUGGGAAGAAGCCUGAUGCUGUGAAUUUCUGGCUUGGGGAAUCGACUGCUGUGACAUCUUUACAUAAAGAUCAUUAUGAGAACUUGUACUGUGUGAUAUCUGGAGAGAAACAUUUUCUACUGCAUCCACCGAGUGACCGUCCCUUCAUCCCAUAUG